AGUGACGUAAACCCACAAUGCAUUGCUGUUGGUGAAAAGCACAUUGUAUUUCCGCCAUUAUUUGAAAUUUUGAAUUGUGACUAAAAUAGAUUAGGUUUUUAUUGUACUAUUGUUUCUCCACGUGUAUAUGAGUCUUCAAAUAUUCUGUAUUGUCUCGCUAUGGAAUUUCAAGGUGCAGAACCAAUGGCACUCGGAUCCCCCACCUCACCGAAGCCCGGAACAGGCGCUCAGUUCUUGCCUGGAUUUCUAAUGGGAGACCUGCCAGCCCCUGCAUCUCCUCAGCCUCGUACCUUCGGCGGCUCCAUUGCAGGUGGAAUGGAACUGAGGUCCCCACUUAUGUCAGGUGGCUCACCUCCUCAGCCAGUUGUCCCUACUCCAAAGGACAAGAGUGGAGCACCCCCAGUUAGAAGUAUUUAUGAUGAACUUGCAAGUCCAGGGGUUGGUCUAACGCCAAUAAGUUCAAGAAAACAACCUGCCUAUUCAAUUAUGCAGACCCCAUUGUCUGGGAUGACUCCAACCACCCCUGGAACAGCUUCAAGUGUGUUUAGUCCUGCUGUUGGGCAGCAGAGGAAAGCCACCCUCUCUCCGGCUCAGGUUGAUCCUUUCUAUACUCAAGGAGAGGCUCUUUCUUCAGAUGACCAUCUAGAUGACAAAUGGGUUACAGUUUUUGGGUUUCCUCCAGCAUCUGCUUCUUAUAUCCUGCUACAGUUUGCACAGUAUGGAAACAUAUUAAAACAUGUGAUGUCUAACAAUGGAAAUUGGAUGCACAUGCAAUAUCAGUCAAAACUCCAAGCUAGAAAAGCACUCAGUAAAGAUGGAAAGGUCUUUGGAGAAGCUAUCAUGAUUGGGGUUAAACCAUGCAUUGAUAAGAGUAUCAUGGAGAGUUCUGAUAAAGGUUCAACAUCUGGCUCCUCAAUAGUGUUUACUCCUCCAAUUAAAAUGAUUGCGACUCCAUCCCAUCCUGCAAAUACACCUCGAUCGACCUCCAUGAGACCUCUUGCUGCUGCAUACAAAGCCUCCAGCAGUGACUAUCAGGUGGUUACUGACAGACAGACCCCAAGGAAAGAUGAGAGUUUAGUAUCGAAAGCCAUGGAAUACAUGUUUGGUUGGUAGUGAUAAGAAAAAGCCCUUGAUUGUUCCUCGGUCCAAAACGGAGUACAGCGGAGAUGGAGAUAAUUGCAUUAACAUUUCUCUGGUUUGUUCUCCUGCACUGCUAUUGUAACUUGGUUAGUUAUAUAACCACUAUUGGCAGUUUAAAGACAUGUUGAAGCCUUUCUGAUAUAGACUACAUGUAAUUAGUUGGCACUUUAUUUUGGGAGUGGAUUAUACAGAGUUGUAUGAACUUUACACUGUUAAGAAUUUCAGUAUUUAAUUGGCCUGUACGUUAAGGCCAAUUACUUUAAGAGCUAAACAAAGCAAUUUAAAUGCAAUACAUAGAACAGGAAAUUUCUGAAAUCAAUGCAAACUCACAUUUGGUCUUUAUAUAUUUUAAGGUGACCAGUAGACAUUUAUAAGUAGUCAUUUUAAAUCAAUUUCCACAUAAUUGGGAGAACUUUGAUUUGUAGAACCAUGUUUUCUGGAAAUGAAUCGGCUUUUGUAGUCUUUCCAGGUCUACUGUAAGCAUCAUUGAUGGUGAAAGUAUGAAGAGAAAGUAUUUACAAGAAACAGCAUCACUCGAGUAAAACAAUUAAACAACACAAAAUACAAAUUGCUACUAUUAAGACCAGAAGUGAGUAACAAAUGCAGGUGGAAGGUGUGUGUUUGUUUUUUAAACUGCCUAUUUAUCAGUGUGAUUGAGUACAUUUUAAAAGAAGGCAUAUCUUUGGGCGACUUGUUUUUAUUGCUACCCAUUAGUGGGAUGAUUUCUCCCUGUAAAAUAACUAUUUCUGUCUUGUUUUGUUUUUCUUUCUAUUUCCAUAUACAUUAUCUCCAAUUUUUUAAAUAAGAUUUAUAAUAAAUUGUGGGCUACAUAAAUAAA